UGCCACGCACGGGAAUGAAGGAAGGAAGGAAAGACAGCAGAGCUUUCCCGUUACAUAUUCCUUCCCCCUCCCACCUUCCCAACAGGCCGAUUUCACAUUUAUAGUUUUUUUAAAAAACAAAAAAACAAAUAACCAAAUUAUUCAAUGUACACUUUCUUCUCCUCCGUUUUUUUGUUUUUUAUUUCCAAAAUUGGAUUUUAAAUCCUAUUUUUCGAAUCAAAUGUUGGCAGGAAGAACGAUGACCAAAAAAGCCCCGCCAGUGGCCACGCGCCACGUGAUAUGGCUCAGCUGGAAGCUUCUGAUUUUCCUCUCCGUCGCGCUCUGCGUCUUGGCUCUCCUCCGCCUCCAUUCCCAACCCGACCCUUUCUCUUCUUCUCAAUCUUCUAUUUCUCUUGCGAGAUCUCGUAUUUCUCGAGAUAACGUCUUCACCGGCCCCCCAAAGAUCGCCUUCCUUUUUCUCGCGCGCCGUAAUCUCCCGCUUGAUUUUCUCUGGGGCAGUUUCUUUGAGAACGCUGAUACGGCUAACUUUUCAAUUUAUAUUCAUUCGGCGCCGGGAUAUGUGUUUGAUGAGUCAACAACGAAGUCGCAUUUUUUUCUUGGUCGACAACUGCCGAAUAGCAUUCGGGUGGGUUGGGGAGAGUCGAGUAUGAUCCAAGCAGAAAGAUUGCUAUUUGCAGAAGCUCUUGAAGAUCCGGCAAAUCAGAGAUUCGUUCUUCUCUCUGACAGCUGUGUUCCCCUGUACAACUUUAGCUAUAUAUACAAGUAUUUGAUGUCCUCUCCUAGGAGUUUCGUGGACAGCUUUCUUGAUGCUAAAGAGGGCCGAUACAAUCCGAAGAUGUCACCAAAAAUACCAAUGAAGAGAUGGCGAAAAGGAUCUCAGUGGAUCACCGUGAUAAGAAGACACGCAGAAGUAAUUAUAGAUGAUGAAGUUAUUUUUCGAGUCUUUCAAAAAUAUUGUAAGCGACGCCCACCUCUAGAUUCCAGGAAGGGAAAGCUGAAUCUUAAACUUCAGAAGCAGCACAACUGUAUUCCAGAUGAACAUUAUGUGCCAACAUUGCUUGCGAUGAGUCAGCUUGAAGAUGAACUUGAACGAAGAACGUUGACCUAUACUGUUUGGAAUCAGUCUGCAAAUAAAAUGGAGAAUAAAGAUUGGCAUCCUGUUACUUUUAAUUAUGCAAAUGCUAGCCCUAAAAAGAUCAAAGAAAUAAAGAAGAUCAACCAUAUAUACUAUGAGACUGAGUUCAGAACAGAAUGGUGCCGUACUAAUUUUACACCUGUUCCCUGUUUUCUGUUCGCAAGGAAAUUUUCUCAGGGUGCUGCUAUGCGCCUUUUGAGCGACGGAGUGCUUGGUCGCUAUGAUGCGUCUGCAUUGGCACUAAUGGAAAUCAUCUUAGAGAUUGCCAGAUUUCUUAUACCUCUACAUCAGAUCUUGAAACUCAAGCUAUUUGUUGCUGCGGCUAGUCAAAUAAUGUUUACAUCCAGAUGAAUUGGAAGAUGGGAUCGUGGGAGGGAAUAGGAGAGAUGGUAGGUAGUGAAAUAGCAUAAUUUAGAUCUUGUGAGAUAGGUUUUAUUCAUCAUAAUGUGACACGUUAUUAUUACGCUGAUACAUUCUAUACAUAUUGAAAGAGUACAGAAGAAUUUUGCCCCA